CUUUCUCAAUCGGUGUCCGACUGUCGGGUGAAACGGUAUUGUCGCUUACGUUGGUCGCGUCGCGCGUUUUGCGGGUUUUCGCCGUUUUUCCUCGUGCAAGAGUCGGAAACUUCUUCGUUUUACACUUCGCAGAGUGUUGUUCGUGUUAUUCAGUGUUCUUCUUUGUUGAAUAUUCUGCGCGCCCGAUUGUGUAGCCGAAAUUGCAUACUGUAAGUGUUGUAAAAAAAGUGGAAGAAAAAUAAUCGGAAAACAAGAAAAAAGAUUUUCAUUCACAUAAAAGUGAGAAAGUAGAAGCAAAUCGUAAGUGUGUUACUAAAAAUAAGCAAGAAAAAAGAAGUGAAAAAAAAUCUGAAAGAGAUGGUUUUGGGCGCACUCAAAGUGCUGGAAAGCGAUGUUCGGCGAGCAAAAAAUUAGCAUAUGAAAAGUGCUGCCAACCGACUGUGUUGAUGUGCUCUGGAGAGGAAAAUUGAAUUCAUCAACCGCGGAGUUUGGGGGUAGUGACAAAGUAGGAAGAAAAAGUUUCAUAAAGAAAAUUAAUACCAAGAAGAAGGAGAAGAAGCCGAGCAGUGGAAAACGCCCGAAAAUUUUCACCGCUUGGAACAAUUAGAGGAUUAAGCCGGGGCUUGGAGACACUGCGGCGGCGGCGACGAGGCUCGGCAGCAGGCUUUAGUCAAGAUGUCGGCCGGACUGAUGUCGUGUGUCCGGGAGAACUCACCCCCGUUGGAGUGUCCCCCGGCGGCGUCCGCAGCCAGCAGCGAUGGCCAUGGCAUCAGUCACAGUAGCAGCGGCGGAGGAGGACCCCCGGGAACCAUGGCCAUGGCCGGCCCGGGUCACGGCAGCAUGAUGCUGGACCCGAACGACAUGCCAAUCACCAUCACCACCCCGGAACAUCUGCAGCAUCUUCAGCACCACCAUCAGCAUCACCAGCAAGUUCCCGCCGGUCAGCAGCAGCCCGGUGACACCAGCACAACCCGCCGCAAGCGCUUCCACCCGCUGCGGAACCUGCGGCGGAUCUUCCGGCGGCGCACGGUGUCCUCGGCGGAUGCGACCGCACCCCGCCAGCUGCUGGCGGCCAAAGGCAACAAUCUGCACCACCACCAACAUCCCCACCACCACCUGCAGACGCACAUCCACUUUGCCACUUCCGGCUGCUCGACGACGGACGCCACCCUGCCGCGGACCGGACUCGGCGUCCCGAUCACGAUUCGGGCGGACGCCGGCGGUGGGGGCAUUGGCCCGGGGCCGGCCGGAAUCGCCGGGGGUUUUUACAAGCGGGAAACGUACCGCCUGCGGGUCGACGCCGAUGAUCUAGACAAGGACAUGUCCGACUACCAACGGAGCCUCAGCGAGGGCCGGCUGGUGGAUAGUGACAUAAGCCGCGAUGGCUUGUCGCAGUCUCACGACAGUGUGUUCUCGGAGUCCGCCGGUACCGCAAGUAGUCUGUCCAUUACUCUUAAGAACGAACUGGCCGAUGUGCUGCGCAAGCGCCGAAAGGAUCGCGCCUCCGGUGGUGAAGCCUCCGACGAGGAUCUCGGACUGCCGCAAAGCCCCAUCACACCGCAGCGCAAGGACCGCGGUCGCAUCAACAAGAGUGAGGGUUCGCUCAGCAUACUCAGCAUGACCAGCUGCUCGAGCGAUCUGGAUCUGGAGGAACGAUCCGGCUCGAACGCCAGUGGCCACAAUCUGCUGCACCUGGACUCGUCCGCGGGUUCCAGUAUGUACAGUCGGUCGAUCCACGAUACGACCGAUGAUAAUGGUUCCGAUUCCCCGGCCGCCAAACUGAGCCAUUCCGCUGCCAAACACAAGCUAGCCGUUAGACCAAAGAAGAAGGGACCCACGCGGGCACGUGCUCGGCCACGAGAGUCCUCCGUCCUUCCCGCCACCCCGGAGGUCAACGAGGAGUCCCUGAAGCUCUCCACGCUGGACAUCCCCACGCUGGACCUGUCCCGAGAGGCGGAGGAAAAGUGCCACUCGCUUCCGUUCGGCAUCAACCCGGGCAUGACCACUACCGCGACGUCAUCGAUCCUGACUAGCAGCAGCAGCACGACCGUUAUUAACAAGUCUUCGCCGCAGCGGGAAUCGACGCUGAUGAGCUCCAAAAUGUCCGCCUCGAUGUCGCUGACGAGCGGGGCGAACUCGGCGAUCUACGUCAACAGGAACAUUUCCAAGAGUUACGAUUUCAAUGGGGGUUUGCAGGGUGAUGGUGAGGUUGUCGUUGAGGAGGUCGAACGGAACGGUUGCAAGGGCAAGGAGGACGACGGGUUCUUCAAGCGGAUCUUGAACUACAGCUUUAAGAAGAAGAAGCACGAGAAGGAGGAGCAACAGGUGGUUUCGCCACGCAAGGAAGACAACACCAGUACGGUUUACAUUACGUCCGGAGGGGGUGGGAUGACUCCAGAGCUGGGGGUGAAGCUGUCGCUUCCGGUGAGUGAGGCCGACGUGCUGGACAUGAGCGGGUACAAGAAGAUUAAAGUCGGACCGGCGUCGCGGCAGCGAGUGUUUCCGAAGGAUAUUUUUAAUCCAGAGGCGGAAGGCGUGGUGCCACCGCCGAGGGAGAGUCAACGGUACUCGUCGAACGUGGAAGUCAACCGGCACUCGACUUCGUCCAACGGAUCGAUUGUGAUUAGUGGAGUUGGGGAGUCGAAGAUUGUUCAGCACAAAAGUGAGGAGUAUUUGGUAUCCAAGAGUCGGAAGUUAUCCGAGUUGAGCUACGAUGACGAUGACGAUGAGGAAGAGGGCGUGCGGAAGUACCAGCAGAACGUGGACAAGGUGAAGAGUUCGAAGGUGUACGGAUUGAGUCCGUAUCAGCAGCGAAUUGCCAAGAUUUCCGUGAACCAAAGCGAGUCACCGAAAGAUAGUCCCACUAAGAGAAAGGCCGUCGAGAAGAGCAAGAGCUUCCGCGUGUACAGCAGUAAUACCGUUUCGAACAACCUGACCAACGCAAACAACUUGCCUAGUCUACCGAACCUGACAAACUCUCUCUCGAUCGGGAACUUUAGCAACAACUUCCUCGAAACGGAGCACAAAUUCUUCAGCAUGACCGAGAACAUCAACACGGGCAACCCGAAGAUCUUCAAAGACUACAUCACCAACGUGGACGAACCCCUCGAAGAGGGACGCAUGGUUUCAUCCAGCUCCUCCCUCCAAAAGUUCGAAAUCAACGACAACAAUCUGCUGAACCCGCGCGAGCAGGAACACGUCGAUCACCAGCCAAAGUCGAUCGUCCUCACGACCAACACGAUCCCCGCCCCCGAACCGAGCAUCCUCCACAAAUCCAACCAAAACAUCUCCCAGAUCGAGGAAACCAUCGACAAGCUCGUCUCCUCCCAGUUCGUCAGCAUCAUCAAGGACGCCGGAAGCAACGAUCGGCUGGACCAAUCCGAGACCCCAACCUCCACCGUCCCCGAGUUCAUGAAGAUCCAGCUCAACCGAGUGGACACCCCGAGCCGACCCAAGUCCAACGUGAUCCUCACCACCCCCCAAAGCAGCGUCGCCAGCACGCCCUCGCCAACCCCGGCCGCAGACGACGCCCUCCUCAAAACCCGCCGCUUCAGCAACGAAAACAUCGAAAUCAGCGAAAGCAAACCGCCACUCCCGCCGUCCGCCGUGAUCGUCGCAGCGCGUAACAGCUUUGUCGAUGCGCCACCGCGGAGUCCGCCGGCGUUCAAGCGGGCCGGUGAGCUCGGCUCGAAGCGCAACUCGAUGCACCUCAACCAUGAGAUUGGCGGCACGGACGAUCGGAAGGUGAUUCUGCAGCGCCGGACGUCGGUGACGGAGGAGAAGAUCAAGUACGAGCGGAGGAUUUCCUCUUCGUCGGAGGAUAUCAAGUUUGAGCGGAAGAAGUCCGGCUCGGAGGAGGUGCUGGAGAAGAGGAACAGCAGCGGAAGCAGUAAUUACAACAGCGGAUCGAGCAGCGGGGACGAGCUGGUGGUGCUGCGGAAGAAGUCGAUCGUGGAUAACUUUAAGGACAAGGACAAGGAUACGCCGGAGCUGAUGAAGGUGUUUGCGAGGAGGUCCCUAAAGCUGCGAUCGGACGAAGACUACCGAACCGGCGAGACCAAGACCCUCUGCAACGUCGACAGCGACAAGGAGAACCAGUCCAGCGAGGAAAAGCUCGACAAGAUCGUCAAGCCCGAAGUGUCGCUGAACGCAAAAACAAACACCAAGGAACCGUCCGACGGCAAAACCACCCCCGACAACACCUCCAACGAAGUUCUGCGCAAGAGCAACUCCAAGCCCUUUGGAGUGCCGAACCGCUUUGGAAACGCCAUGAACGUGCAGCAGACGCGGAACACGACCUCCUUUGUAGAGUUGCGCAAAUCGCUAAUCCCCGGAACGACGACGACGCCGACGACGGGAUCGCCAGCCCCCAACGGAACGACUCAGAACGGCACGAACAACAACAACAACCCCGCGUCCAAGAAUGGCGUCGAAAACGGUUCGCACGAGUCGGCGCCGCUGAACGGGAACAACAACUCAAACCGCCAUACUAUCGCCACCAUGAACCAGUUUAAUCUGAACGCGAGCAACAACAACAUCAACGGUGGGUUGGCCGCGAGCAAUACCAAUGGGACGACGGUUGUCGGGACGACCAUUGAAGCGCUGGGGGAGGUGAAUGAGUUUAAGGGGAUUCUGCAGCGAAGGGCCGAGUGGGAGAAGCGGGCCAAGGAGGGGUUCAAGUAAGGAGAUUGGUACCCAGUGCCAAACCAAUAAAAUCUGGUUGCUCAAAACCAACAACUUCCGAAUAAUCCGGUAGAAAUCUAGCGCACUGUAGAUCGGUGCGCGGGUAGUGAAAGCGGUAGAGUUUGCAACACUUUUGCUCACAAAAUUUAGAGAAGAUCCGUAUCUAUCAGCUAAAACUAGAACGAAAAAAUGAUCGCGCUCAGUCGUACGUAGAGGAAACUAAAACAAUAAUUUCAGUGUUCUUUCCACGUAAUGAUCUCCCCCACCGAGCAACAAUUAUUGAAGGAAUAGCAAAAGCGCGUACCUUAACGGCACAGAUAGCACGAAGUCCCAGAGCGACAAGCUGAAAUCGCAAAUCCAAAUCAAGUGUCAUUCCGUCGAUUUUUUUUUUUUGGAAUCUGCAUGAUGCAAUCUCAUUUCGACCCCAGAUAAAAUCUGGAGCUUUUUUGGAAAAGGUCCAAUAAACCAAAUUUUCAGUUUUUGCUUUUUGGAUGUUUAUGAAACCGCCUUGAGUAGGGGAACAGCAUCUAAUUCCAGCGUGCCUCUAAUGUUGGCAGGUCAGAACUUUGACAUUCAAUUAAAGCUAAUUAAAAGCGUUUUCAUCUGAAAUCGAGUGAUAAAUAGCUCAAUAAGAAGUGAGCAAGCAAGUUUCUGUCAAUAGUUUUGCAAAAUUAGUUGUUUAAAUAGUGAAAAUCAGCAAAUUGGAUGGAGUUAGGAGCGAGUGCUUAACCUGCCAAACAUACGAGAAUUUCCCCUAAGAGGUAUUAAAAAACACACAAAAAGCAAAAACUAAAAAUUUGGUUUAUUGGACCUCGUCAAAAAAAAAAAAACUCCAGAAAUAAUCAUUUCUGAGCUUUGCACUAAUAAAAAAAAACUUGUGGGCUUAUUUUUAAAGGUAUUCUUUUAAGCCUAUGUUGUGUUUAUUUCAGAAUCAAUAAUUAUUUGGUAUUUGCACGGACAUUUUAAUUUUAUGGAAAAAUUAUAUUGGAGUCUAAGAAAAAAAUAUAUCCAAAAAUGUUUGGUUAAUUAUUAUGAAAGAUUUAAUUAUUGGAGGUAAAAAAUUCCAAUUCAUUUUUUCAGAAAUUUUAAACAGAAAGAAAACAUGACAAUUAUCUAAAAAUUAUUAAAAAAUCGAUCUCUCGUUUUAUAUUUUUCACUUCGUUUGAAAUAAUUUAAAUAAAUUGAAAUAGUUCCACAAAAGUUUUCUGAUUUUUCUAGAUUUUUGUCAAAAUAAUGAUUGAAAUGGUUACUUAUACCUUCUAAACAGACAGUUGGACUGUGUGGAAUGUUAUUCGUGAUUAUUCUAAGUUAAAAUAAUUUUGCUGAAACAAUUUAAGUUAUUUUUUUUUUGAAAAUAUAUGGCCUAAUGGUAAAUACAUAUCUUGACUAAAUCUUGAACCAUAAAACUUCAAUAAUUUUUUUUCGAGAUGAGAGGGCCUUUUCGAAACGUGCAGAUUCCAUGAGAAAAUGAGAUCAGGAAUGACCACAAUUUGUUAAUUUUUGACCAAGAAGAAAUCUAAAGGUGCACUCGCGUUGCGCGAGUAAUAAAUCGUUGUCGUUUGUCCCUGCAAAACUUUAAUCGAAGACGAAACCGUAGUUAGCAAAAAGGAAUUGUUAGAGCACCCCUUUCUCUCUUCUGAGUGUUGUGCUAGGCUGAAUGUGUUGAUUUUAUUGCAUAUUUAUAACACAAAGGAAAAGCUUGAUUUUUAUAGCUGACACAUACACUUGAAUCGCUACGAAUUUGUCAACACACUCAAUGUGACGCAAUCAAGCCUUAGCAAUAGAAGAAAAGACACGCGAUCGCGGUUUAUUAAAUUCGAUUGUUUUUUCCUAUUAUUAUUAUCAUUGUUUAUACCUUUAGAGACUUACUUGUUGAGGCAAAACACACACACACAAUAAUUAAACACGCGAUAAUCAAAAGUAAUGUUCAUUUCAAAUACUAAAACAAAUGUGAUAAGAUAUUAAAUUUACACGGAAAAAACACACACUCACACACGUAAGAAAUGUAUACACACACACACCAGCGCUCACAUGAAUAUGUGUUUGCGUGAUAUUUUAGAAAUUGUAUUAUUUUGUGAGAAUCGGAAAAAAGCAACGUCUAUUUCUCUCUCUUGUAUAUUUUCCAAAUAAUCGCUUACAUUAUAUCUACUAAAUUACCUACCGCGUCGUCGGAUCGAGUCGUAAUAGCAAGAUGAAUUUUGUAGAGUAAACUUCCCGUAUAAUAUUAUUGAAUAUUUUGAUAAAAUACGAAAUAUUAUUUGAUACACACGUAGAUAUUGUAGGAUUAUAUUUUUAUAAAUAGCAAACGAAAGAAAAGGAAGUGAUUCUUGCAGUGAAAUUGAAUUGUAAAUAACAAGUAUAGUUUGACUAUUGCUACACACAGACACAUUUACUUAUUAAAUUUAGAUUUUAGCAACUCAAAUGCUUUUCACAUAGCUCGUUGAUUGGAAAUCAAAUCUUUACAUAUUUAUGAAUGGUUAUACCAAUAGGAAGCGAAAAUAUUUCAUUAGCUAUUCGAAAAAGUUAUCAAAGUCAAUGUGUUUAGACUAGUAUCGAGUCAGAGAAUCAAAAUCGAAAAAAGAAAUACUUAUCGUGUUGCAGACAUCAAACUUUCACUCAAACACACUAAUAAACUGAAAUAUUUACUGAGUGUUGUAGCAUUUUAUUCGAGAUCGUUUUACACACCACACCUUCAUCUGAGAGACGCAAAACACGUAAAAUUUCCACUAUAAUCCAAGCAAAAAAAGAAAAUAUAUUUAUCCUUGUGAAAAAAAAAACAUGUUGACAAACUACGAAAAACGGAGUUUACUGCAAUUGUGACCCCUCUUUGGAAG